AUGUCUCCAACUUGGACAACAUCUUCCAAUCGACAUUCCUCACAAAACUUAUUUCAAGAUCAUUAUUCCCCCUCAUCAUCAGAAUUAUCUUUAUAUAGUGAGGUUGAUGAGUAUCCAAGAGACAUCGCGAGUCAAACUCGACCUCUCUAUCCCCUAGAAAAGAAAUCCAUUCAAAAGAAAAGUAGAGCACGAUCUCCAUCGCAAACUGAACAAUAUCGUCACAAGACCCUGAUAUCAAAAUCCAAUCGCAAGAGACAUGGAAGAAAUAUACGUCACUCUUCGCCGUCAUCCGAAGACUCUAGUGAAGUGGUUUUGAGUACAUUGAAUAAAGAUGACCAGCAGAAUUUCAUUGCACUCUUUUACUGGAGAAGAAAUGUGAUUAAAUCUCAUUUCUUGGCGUGGAAAUGGAUGGUAUCUUCUCUUCGUCGAUCCACAGAACAGUUGUAUUUUUAUAAUAUCACGAAUUGUCCUAAGAAGAAACAUUUGAUGAGAAAUGACUCUCCAUAUCAUCGUGUUUCACAACGAAAUCUUCUACUGAAGCGACAUACAGAUACUUUAAGAACUAAAAACGUGGAGAAAGCUCAAAACCAAGAAAUUAUUGAAAAAAUGGAGCAUAUGAGUGCUGCUAACGUGGAUUGUAACAACAAAAAGAUCUCUUCGCUUAAGUCUAUUGGUGUUUUUAAAGGCACUCAUUCCAUCGAAAUGCGUCGUCUACUUCGAUUAGAACUUCGCUUGGCUUACUCGUGUUUUAGCCGAUGGAAAAGUAACGCGGAUACAAGUCGAAAGCGGCGCGAGCACCACUUUGAUCGAGCGAGUGAAUAUCACCGUGAAAAACUUCGAAAGACUUUUAUGCGAAAAUGGCGCUGUAGCCUUGAUUCUAGCCAAUGCAGGAGACAGCUUUUGAGUGAUGCUAACAAAGUUUAUCGCAGAGUAUACGCGGGCGAAGGCGAAAACACGAUGUAUUCCAAUGCUGGAGUCAAUGUGUAA